UUGGUGCCUCACCUGAGCCUGUGACCUGGAAUCCUAGCACAGGUAAGAGCAAAAGUGUACCUGAACACCUCCAUGAUUACUGAACUUGGAACUGACACCUCAAGGCAAGUGAUUCUUAGUAAAUGCUCCAUUUCUUUAUUCACAGGGACUCCUCUUCAUUCUAUCACCUCAUUUACACCCAAGGGUGCUGGCGGCAUGAACCUCAUGGACCCUGCACCUAAAACCCAUACAACCAAGGGCACCUCAUCCAGCAGGAGAUCCCUCAACACUGCAUGCAUGCCGGCCCAGGGAGCUUCAGAAAUAUGACUUCUUCGGUGAAGGUAUACUACAGUCAGACCACGCAGACAGACAGCCGGCCUCUCAUAGGCUCAGGUCUGAGGAGGAGACGUGUCAUGACCAAGGAUGGACGCAGCAAUGUGCGCAUAGACCACAUCACCGACAAGAGCUUCCUCUACCUCAAAGACCUGUGGACUACCUUCAUUGACAUGCAGUGGAGAUACAAGCUGCUCUUAUUCUCCGCCACCUUUGCAGGAACCUGGUUUAUUUUUGGGGUCAUCUGGUACUUGGUGGCCUUGGUCCACGGAGAUCUGUUGGAAUUUAAUACUCCCGCUAACCACACUCCUUGUGUCAUGCAGGUGCACACACUGACUGGAGCCUUCCUCUUCUCCCUGGAGUCGCAGACCACCAUUGGUUAUGGUUUUCGGUACAUCAGUGAGGAAUGCCCCUUGGCCAUUGUGCUGCUCAUCACUCAGCUGGUUCUGACCACAAUCCUAGAGAUUUUCAUCACUGGAACCUUCUUGGCAAAAAUUGCUCGUCCAAAGAAAAGGGCAGAAACCAUCAAAUUCAGUCAGAACGCUGUGGUGGCGCAACAAGAAGGCAAAUUAUGUCUGAUGAUCCGAGUGGCCAACAUGCGCAGAAGCCUACUGAUUGGAUGUCAAGUGACUGGAAAGCUUCUCCAGACGCAAGUCACCAAGGAGAAUGAUAACGUUCAUCUCAAUCAGAUCAAUGUGGACUUCCAGGUGGACACAUCCUCUGACAGUCCCUUCCUGAUCCUACCGCUCACCUUCUAUCAUGUGGUGGAUGAGUCAAGUCCGCUCCGAGAUGUUGCUAUCCGCUCUGGAGAAGGAGACUUUGAGCUGGUGGUCAUUCUUAGUGGUACAGUGGAGUCCACGAGUGCCACAUGCCAGGUGCGCACCUCUUACCUUCCAGAGGAGAUCUUGUGGGGUUAUGAGUUCAGCCCCAUCAUUUCGCUAUCCUCUAGCGGUAAAUAUGUGGCUGACUUCAGCCUGUUUAAUAACGUCCUUAAAGUAUCUCCUCCAUGUUGCUUCCAUGAGCCUGUCCGCUUUGGAGACCCAGAGAAACUCAAGCUGGAAGAAUCAUUCAGGGAUAAAUCGGAGAAGGACGGAAGUCCUCUAAGUGUCCGCAUCAGUAAUGUCUAGAAGAUAUUAGAGGAGCGCUCUUGUCAAGUAGAGACUCAUCGCCGUGUAUUGCCUUAUAUUUUAAUACCUUCUAGGAACUGAUAGAUAAACCCACCAAGUGAAUGUUUCUGCAGGACCAGACAAUGACCAGAACUGGUGCUGGAGUCCAGGAGCAGAUCUAGUGUUAAGCAGCAGGUCCACUCUGGGUGGAGGCUCUCCGCUGUCUCUCAAUCAGAUCCUGCUCCUAUACAGGAGAGUGUAGAUGUGACGCCCCCUCAAUCACCUUCUGGUGGAAGUUCAGAUCCAGGCAGAGGACCUCUAACACGAGCUAAAGACGGACUCCAGCAGGACCCGGGACACUAGAGAACCUAUAGACUUGUAGACAGACAGGACGCAGGAUCCUGUGUGUUGUACUAACCCGCACUUUAUCCAUGAAUGUACGUGUCCCCGCUGAUGGAAGGGACACACCUACAGUUAGGA